CAUGACCGGUGCCUGUAGGUUUGGCGUUCCCGCGAAAGUAAUCGUAAACUUCAGUUCGCAAUUUAAAAGUAUUAUUUUAUAUGUAUAUAAUUGUUUUUACAUGAUUACAAAGUUAUUGUAGUUUAAUUAUAUACAAUGUGUUUAAGUGUAAUAAUAUUUUUUCAUAUUCUUUGAAAAAGUUGUGUUAAAAUCGAGCGGGAAACGUAGUUGCGCAGAACGCGUGGGUGCUGUGAUUCCUUGGAUUUAUGUAUCAACUAUAUGUAAUAUUUAGUGUUUUAGUACGAAUGUAUCGCGUUAUUCGAAUAAAAUAUACUUCCCCCGGUUAAUGAAUAGUGAUUUGUGCAAUUUUUUAUAAUAUUUUACUUCGUAAAAACAUAAUAAGAAUAAGGCGUCUGUCAAAGGACGCCAACGUUGCACCACGAUUGUGUAAUGUUUAAAUUCAAUGUAUAUAUAUAAAAGUUAUGUUAUACAUAUAGAGGGCGUGACAGUGGCAGAUUGCAAGCAGGGGUUGGUCAUCGUUUCGCGCGCUGGUCUCCCGCGCUUCGAGUUCCACGUCCCGUAUUUUUUUGAAGAAUUACUGUUCUGUGAUAUCUCGAGGCUUGAAAUUCUAUCAGAAAAGACUUUAAAGACUUUUCGUAUUACAAAACAUUUUAUAAAUAAAAAGUUAUGACAUAAAAUAUUGAAUCAAACGAAGUCAAGUAUACGUGCAUUAUGGCGAUCGGGUGCGUGUGAGCUUUGCGCGCUCUUUUACUUUUCGGCAUUUUCUUAGCAAAAUUACUCAGCAUAUAUUAAAAUAAUUAAGUGAAUACUUAAAUAAAAUAUUGAUCAAUUUGUGUUCAUAUUAAAAAAGUCCAUUCCCGUUCGAAAUAUUUUUUGAACACGUCGACAAUUUCAGAGCAAAAUGCCACAGACGAGUUUACAUGGGAAAAAAUCACAGACUUAUUUACAAGGUGGCAAACUAGUAACACAGUCUUCAAAGCGUAAAAGAAGAGCAACAGAUAUUUCUGAAGAUUCAGAAAAUGUAUAUCCACCAAGUAAAAUACCUGCAUUAUCACAUGUAUCAUAUACAGAGUCUUGUCAUACAGUACAUCCUUUAGAAAAUUCAUGCACACAACAUCAAGUAUCUCCAUUGAAAGAGCAACAAGAGCCAGCUACAUGGUCUGAAUUAAGAACUUCAACAUGCUUUCUAACACCAUCAUCUUCUAAUAAUACAUCAAAUAGACCAAGUCCUUUACCAUCAUUUCCUUGGGCUGAUGGUUCUCAAGUUUGGUCUCUUAUGUGUUUGGGAGAUCAAAAGACUAUUACUCAAAGGAAUCCACAAAUGUUUCAAAGGCACCCAACAUUACAACCAAGAAUGCGAGCAAUUUUGUUAGAUUGGUUGAUUGAAGUUUGUGAAGUAUAUAAGCUACAUAGAGAGACUUAUUAUCUUGCAAUGGAUUACAUAGACAGAUAUCUAUCUAUUCAUCAAAAUGUACCCAAAAACCAAUUACAAUUAAUAGGCAUUACAUGUCUUUUCAUAGCUGCCAAGGUUGAAGAAAUUUAUCCACCUAAAAUAGCAGAAUUUGCUUAUGUUACUGAUGGAGCAUGCACAGAAGAAGAAAUCUUGGGAAAAGAAUUAGUGAUUUUAAAAGGUCUUGGAUGGAAUUUAUCUCCAGUAACUGCUCCUGGCUGGCUGAAUAUUUAUAUGCAAAUUGAAUCAGGCGAUUGGUCAAGACCAAAUGCAUUUAUUUAUCCACAAUAUGGAGGUUUACAAUAUUCUCAGGCAGCUCAAUUAUUAGAUUUAGCUACAUUAGAUGAAGGAAGUUUAAAAUUCCCUUAUAGUCACAUAGCUGCAGCAGCUAUUUAUCAUACACAAGGAAGAGAAUGUGCUUUAAGAGUAUCACGCAUUCCAUGGGAGCAGCUUGCAUCUUGUGUCAAAUGGCUUACUCCAUUUGCAAUGACAACUGCUGAAGAAGAUUCUCAGUGCCUUUUAAGGUCUGCAAUAACACCUGUAGAGUCUCAUUCUGGAUCUGGACUUAAAGCAACAGUGCCUAAUAUAGUAAUGGAUGAAUCACAUCGUAUACAGACUCAUGUUGUAGAUUUAAACAUGUUAGAAAAGGCACAACAACGAUUAGUGGAUGAAAUACCUUCUACUGAUACAAAUGAAUCUGAUUCUAAUGUUGAAUCUGGUAGACAGAGUCCAAAUGAAAGCGGUCUUUUAACUCCACCUUCUAGUAGUCAAAAAAAUUCAACUACACCGUCACGUCCUCCACCACAGUUACAUCCAUAUACGUAAUCAAAUAUUUAUAAAUAUUUCAUAGUCUUUGAUUAAGCAUUUCAUUUACUAACUGCUGGUGAAUGAUUUUAAUUAAAUAUAGUAAUGUAUUAUAUAUGUUUUUUGGGAAAUAUCAUUAACUGCUUCAAACAGUUUUGCCUUUUGUAAAGAUGCACAAUGUAUUAUUAAGCUAUGGGAUUGCAUAAGUGCACGGUAAUAACAGAGUAUACUGUAUGUUAUCGUAAAUAAUAUGGUGCUUCCCAAUAUAUCAUCAUGUAAUAGUAAAACUUAUAGUACAAGAUGUUAAUCACUUUCUAUAAUAAUGUCCAUAGUGAUACUGAAUUUAUUUAAUAUUAUUUGUUUUAUUGUGAACAUUUAAAAAAAGUGCCUUGCAUAGAGGAAUGUAAACUUACAUGAAAGCCUAUGGCUAUCUUCUGUGAUUAUAUUCAUGCAGUGAAACUUGAUAAUACAUUAUAUUAAAAUUUUAGGAUAAUUAAUAAUUACCAUUUUCAUAAAUCUAGACAAUAUUAAUGUCUGCGAAAAGUGUCCUUAAAAAUAAUAUUUUUAUUAGUACUAAGAUAAAAAAAAACAUUGUGAAUAGUAUUCUUUUAUAUAUUUUGCUUUAUUUUAACGCAACGUAUUAUAACAAUGCGUUAUUAAGCUGGGUGAAUGUAUUUUUAUGUAUAUGUAUACUGUGAAGUACUAAUAAUUAAAAAAAUAAAAAAUACAGACGAAGGGAUGAAUGCAUGAGUGAAGAUAUAAAACUAUUAAUUAUUAAAAUAUGAUUAAAAAUUUCGUGAUCAAUUUACACUGCCUUGCAUAUAGAGACACGGCUGUUUAUACAUAUUUGUAUGAAAAAUUUGACAAUAAAUAUUUGUAAAUCCGA